UUGAAAUAGUUAAACCGGGACUUUUGUGUAGCUCCUCGUGUGUAGUGCGUGUAGCUGCGUGACGGAGUGUAUACAAAACACCACCCCAUCGCCCAGGUCCAACUCCGAUGUUCGCCUUUAAUGUCUCAGUGUUGGACCUCUUCACACAGAGACACCUUCGCGUUGAGCCAUGGAGAAGUUCGCGCUCGGACUCAUUGGCCUACUGGGUGUGUUGGUGUGCUUUGGAACCGGUCAGCACCAUUUACGCGCACGCGUCGGACCGUGGAGACACCGGAUUCAGUGGGAGAAUAACGGCCAGGUGUAUAGUCUGCUGAGCACGGGGACUCAAUAUCGAUCGCCUGCGCAGAGCAGAGGACGCACUCACCUCGUAUUGACAACUAAAAAAGGGUUUAACCGACUCCACCCUGCUGUUGCACUCAGGAGAUCCACCAGAACCAGGCACGGAAACCCCGAGGAAGCAGUAGGGGGUCGCAUUCAACAAAACGACCUCCAUCAAAUGGAUGCGUCGGUUCUCGGCGUUGAUGCGGGUCACUAUCUGCUCGCCUCGGGGCGACCGGGGACACUCAGCAGGUCCCCAUCGAGCCCGGCGACCACCGGAGAGGGUGUAGUUGUCCCCUCACAACAGGCACCGUCCAACGGCGGCGCCGCCUCUUUCACCUCCAGCCAGGAGUUCUCCGGCAGCGGGGUCCCGCGAGGGGCCCCGAGUACACCGGCAGAGGGCCCACAACGAGCCACGGCGCCGCCGGGACGGUCCCCGGACUUUACGCGCAGCCGAGCCGAAGGGAGAACGUCUGAGAGCUCAGAAUCAUCUGUCGGGUCAUCCGCCGCGGCCGGGCGGGUCCUGCCGCCUGAGGGCAGAGAGAGCGCACGUCGAAUCCCGCCGCAGACACGCGCGAGGGACGCGCACGGCGCGCAAAGAGCGCACUCACUGACCGGAAUGCCGCCGGAGACAGACGUUUAUCCCACCGCGCCGUCCAAUAACGCCGUGGAAAUAUUCUUCCAUCGCCCGGGGCCGGACACAACAAGGACUGCGGACACGGGGGACCCCAGGGAUCCGCACAGUAUUCAUCACAGGAACUCUGUCUUCUAUGAUGUCUACCAACCAGACCGCAGAAACAGGUUCCAUGUUCGCCCUCCACCAGGACCGGGCUACGGCACCGGGUUCUUCCACAACGGUCUACCCGACUUGGUUCCUGACCCGUACUACAUCCAAGCUGCCUCCUACAUCCAGAGAGUGCAGAUGUACGCACUGCGCUGCGCAGCUGAAGAAAACUGUCUCUCCAGGUCUGCGAGUCAUCCCAGCGUGAAAGACCUCGACUACAGAGUCCUGCUGCGGUUCCCACAGCGAGUGAAGAACCAAGGAACAGCAGACUUCCUGCCAGUGAAGCCCAGACACGAGUGGGAAUGGCACAGCUGUCACCAGCACUACCACAGUAUGGAGGCCUUCAGUAACUACGACCUGUUGGACGUCUCCACCGGACGGAAGGUGGCCGAGGGACACAAGGCCAGUUUCUGUCUGGAGGACACGUCCUGCGACGCCGGGGUGCGACGGCGCUUCGCCUGCACUUCUCACACACAGGGGCUGGGUCCCGGUUGCUACGACACGUAUCACGCCAACAUCGACUGCCAGUGGAUCGACAUCACCGACGUAGCGCCUGGGAACUACGUACUCAAGGUGACGGUGAAUCCGUCGCGAAUGGUUGAGGAGUCGGACUUCUCCAACAACGAGGUGCGCUGCGACAUCACGUACACGGGAAGCUACGUCCGGGCAAGAAACUGCAGGAUCACCGUAAGCGGACCUGACUGAAGACGAGCCGACAGAAAGAUAGCACUCGAUACCUUCUUGAGCGUUGCUCUUAAUGUGCAGUUUGUGGACUUUUCGAUGCAGCAUUUCUACUUUUUGUGUUUUAUAAUCUGUUCUUAUUUAUGUGAUACGUUAUACUGUGACUACAGCCAGACUGCUGUGUGUUAACUUAUGUUUUAAGCAAUGCAAGACUUUACUGUUGGCUGAUUGUGUGCAAAAACAACCCCGAAGGAAAGUCUGUGUCUCACAAAUAUAAACAAGCUAUUCAAGCUGUGUAAAUUAAUUUGGCUGUGCAUGCUGUGCGAAUUGUGCGGAAUGUUCUUCUCCCCUGAAACUCAUUAGCAAUUUGUCAGAGAAGAAAUAUCCUUAUAAUAUUGACUAUGCAUGGGGACGAAAGACUCAUAGUCUAAUAGUCACUGUUGAUGGAAUCAUUUGAGCAAAUAUUUGACAACAUGAAGUCAUCGCACUGACCACUUACCAUCACGGCAGUUGACGCCAGCUGAGGGCCAUUCGAAUGAGGAGUGGUACAUUUCCUGAGUGCUUUUGGAAUAACACACCUCGGGGAAAUACCAGAAAGGGUUCCACUUUACAAAAAAAGACACAGCAGCUUCACACCACAUCCCUGCUGCUGCGUGUUUGUCGUGUUGUGUUACAGUAGAUGAGUGAUUGAGAAAACAUUUAUUCGACUGGCAUUGACUGUGUGUGAAGGCGCCUGUGAACGCGCUGUUUACACUUUGUCACCACAUUUACUCGGGAUCCGGUCUGGCUGGGUCCCCUGCUGUGCAGCACAAAUACAUACUUUCAUCAUCUUUUAACAUUAAAAAAAAAAUAGAGGAAAGCUGGAAGCUUUUGACUGCAUCAACCUGUAAAGUAUUAUAAAGUCCUUGUACAGUGGCAGAUAUCAGAGACUUUUAUGUGAAGCCUUAUGUUGAAAGAAAGAAAACAGUUCCAGGAUGUUCAUGAGAUGAAUCUGCAAGCAGGUGGGUGCUUUUCUCAGCUUCUGUGGCUGUUCUGUGGGAGGAGGGACGGGGACGGGGGACAGGGGGAGUCGGGGGGGACUCACUCACUCAAUUUCACAGUCUGUCUUACAGCAACAUCAGGGCCACAGCGGGUCACCGAUGUCUCUGGGCCCUCUGGGGGUCUCCAUCUGUUAACCACACACACGGUAUGAAGGCGCCAGCGAAUCCAGAAGGAAGUUUCACAUUAGAGUUUAUUUAUUGCUGGACGCACUAAUUCAUGUAUUCACAUCCUUUACUUACUUUCAAUUAAAGUACUGAUACAACAAUGUAAAAGUACACCUAAGGAACGUAUUUCCAUCCAAAUGUACCUCAACCACAAAUGUACCGGUUCUGCAGAAUAAUGCCUCCUGUCACAGAUAUAUUAUUAUGUGUAACAUAAUCUAAGUAUUAUUUUACUGUAUGGUGGUUUGGUUUUGCAGUGCCCAAACCACUGAGUAUAACUAUUUUUAUAUCUGUUGCUAAACAAUGUAACAGAAUAAAAUGUACCCAAUCUC